AUUUGAGUCGCUUUAAACGCUAGACGGAUGAUACAUUUCUAAAAUAGGAUAUAGUUUUACAUAAUGAUCUUCAAAUUAUGUUUAAUAUCUUUCUCCGAUUUCUGUAAGAAUUUAACACUUGUCUUUACAGGGGAUAAUGGUAUUUUCGACUUCUACUCUUUCUCAUACAUUGAGGUAAGAGCGCAAUGCAUGCAUGUUUUUGUUAACCAUCAUAUUAUUUCCAAUUGAUUUAUAUGUUCAGUCAGAAACAAAAAUUAUUACAGCCCAUUGUUGUGGCAUUGACAAUUUCAAUCUGACGAUCAGUUAGUAGAAGAUAUACACAGCGCUUCGCAGGAAUUUUUGCCCCUGUGUAUACUGAGUUGAAACGAGCUGACAGAUAAAAAGGUGUUGGUAAUGGGUUUAAAGAUUGCCUAGUAUACCACGCACCCAAAAUAUGCCACCUUCACAACUACAAAUCCAAACAAGAGCAUUGGAAAGGCUCAAAAAAGAAAAAGCUUUAUACUUCAAGGAGUUGGAAGCGGAAUUGAAAAUUCUUGGGGAGAUGGAAUCGUGUAUGGCCGACGCGUAUGAUAUCAAGAAGCAACAUGAGAUCACAUCGGAAUCAAAAAGAAUGAUUGAUGAAUUAAACAAGAGGAUUGCGGAAUACAGAACAAAACUCGCAGAUUUCGUGGCAAAGUACAAUGGGGAAGAAAAUUUAGAUGUUGCAAAAGCUUUACUAACUGAGUUUUAGAUUCUAGAA